UUUCUUUGGCAUUUAUUGUUCAAUUUCUUUGCUGAAUUUGUCGAAAUGGGAACGGUAAAAACCUUUACAACUACGUUUGUAGUUGCUUUGUUAUAUACAAUAACAACUGCAACGGAAAACAUUGGAAGCAGCUUGUUAAAAGAUUUAGUGCCAUCAGGCUAUGAUAAAAAUGUCAUCGUGUCACCCUUUUCGGCUGAGACAUGCCUGGCCAUGAUACGCAUGGGAGCUGAAGGAAAAACUGCCCAAGAGUUAGAUAAUAUCCUGAAUUUAGGCAAAUUUGUUUUAAACGUUUUGCCGGAUAAUUAUCACAACGAAUUGGCGAAGUACGUUAAAGCCGAACAUUUUAAAUUUGCCAACAAAAUCUAUGUGAAAAAUGGUCAAUCCAUAAAUGAGGAUUUCAAAACAUUGCUCGCCGGUAAAUACUUUUCAUCAGCUGAGAACAUGGAUUUCACUCAAACGGAAAAGACAGCCGAGGCCAUCAACGAAUGGGUUGCCUCAACGACAGGAAAUACAAUCAACAAUUUGGAAGAAAAUCUACAACCCAACACAGAUCUGCUUCUAGUGAGCUCAGUUAAUUUCAAUGGUCCUUGGAAGACUGGAUUCAAUGCGAAUUGGACGAAGCCAGAUAAAUUCUAUGUUGAUGAAGAUGAUAAUUUUGUCAUGGUGCCAAUGAUGAAAGUUCGUUCUUAUUUUCGCUAUGGCAGACAAGCGGCAAUGAAUGCUGGUGCCAUACUGUUGCCAUAUCGCGAUGCGGGUCUAUCGAUGUUGGUGGUGGUGCCAUUUAGAGCUGACGGCUUGGAUAAAGUUUUGACAACAAUGAAAUCGAUGGAUAUGCCAACGUUUAUUGAAACUAAAGUUUUUCAAAGGAAGAAUAUCGAAUUUCGUAUGCCGAAAUUUAAAAUGGAUGUUACAGUCAACUUAAAGGAUAGCCUUAAAAACUUUCAACGCGGUCGUGAGUGGAUAGAGCAAAGACAAAGAAUGGGGCUGAAAGGAAGUAUAGCAAUAAUUUUAGGCACCUUGCUGCUAUGCCUGUCCGGAACCUUAGCAGAUUCCCAAGAUUCGCUGAAAUUCCAUUCGAGUUUGGAGAAUUUUAGCAAAGAUAUUUUCUCGGAAAUCUAUCAAAGGAACAGCGAUAAAAGCAUCAUAUUUUCACCAUUUUCAAUUCAAACCUGUUUGGCCAUGGUGCGAAUGGGGGCUGAUGGAGAAACAGCCGCCGAGAUGGAUGAUGGCCUCAGUUUGACAGGUCAACCGGUGGAAAAGGUAGUCGACAAUUAUCACACAAUUCUAUCGAAAUAUGAUGAUGGAAAAACCCUGAAAAUUGCCAAUAAAAUCUAUGUGGCCAAAGACUAUGAUCUGAAAGAUACCUACAAUAAUGUUUUGACCAAUAAUUUUUACUCAGCGGUGGAAAAUGUAGACUUCGGUCAAGGUGCAAAAACAGCCAAAUUAAUGAAUUCUUGGGUUGAAUCGAAAACUGAUAACACUAUCCAUGAUAUUGUUAGCCCGACAUCACUUACCACCGAUACACGUCUUGUGCUCUUGAGUGCCAUUUAUUUCAAGGGCAACUGGGAGAAACCAUUCGAUUUGAAAUACACCGAAGAGGAAGACUUCUAUAUCGAUGAUAAGAAUACCGUUAAAGUCCAGAUGAUGUUCAAGUCCGGAAUGAUGUCUGCCAAGGAAAUUUCUGAAUUGGAUGCCACUGCCAUUCGUUUGCCUUACAGAGAUUGUGAUCUUUCCAUGGUGAUUAUAUUACCUAAUGAGCGCAAUGGUUUGCCUGAUUUGGUGGAGAAAUUGAAAACAUUUUCAUUGGCAUCACUGGCCGGCCAAGGUCUGAGGAGAAGAGGGGUGCGCCUUUUCUUGCCCAAAUUUAAGGCAGAAUUUGAAGUGGUUCUUAAUGAGCCUUUGAAAAAGCUGGGCAUGAAGCAAAUGUUCUCUCAGGCCAAUUUGAGCAAUAUGCUCCAAGGAAUUGAACCACUUCAGGUCUCGGAAGUUGUCCACAAAGCCUUCAUUGAUGUUAACGAAGUGGGUACCACUGCUGCUGGUGUUACAAAAAUUGGAAUUAUGACCCGCACCAGACCUUUGGAUUUCAAAGCCAAUCAUCCAUUCUACUAUGCCAUAGUAAAUGAGGAUUCUGUUCCCCUCUUCCAGGGAACUUUUGUGGGAAAAUAAAAAGAUUAUGUUUUCCAAAAUUAAAUCAAAUAAAUACCCUAUUGUUAUCAGAACAUAAAACUGCUAUGAUUAUCCUGAUUAAACAGGAUAAAAAGUAUCAGCCGAUUGUGCCAACAGAUGUAUACCCUCAGGCAAUGUUCGAUUAUUGAAAUAUAUUUUGACUUCUGUUAUGAUUAUUCAA